CUCUGUUUGGCUUUCUGUUGUAUUCUUGAAAAAAAUGCCAGAAUUUAAUGUUAUGUAGUUUGAUUUAAAUCCUAAAAUGGACGGCACUGGAAAGUUAGAGAUCAGAUGGAUUCAAGGUUUUACGAACAAUAAUAUCGAGUUUGUGGAUAAUAAAACAAUAUGUUUCCCAUGUGGAAAUCAUAUCUGUUUCUUAAACUUGGAGACAAAAAUGCGGAGUGUCUUUCAGAGUCCUUGCAGAGGCAUCGGUGCACUGACAGCUAAUGGCAACCGUGGAAUUUUUGCUUUCUCUGAGCAAAAAUUCUCCCCGUCUAUAUUUGUGUACAAUUUUCCCGACUUUCAAUUAAAGAAUGAACUGAAAGGAACAGCACAACUGGACUACACAUCUUUAACAUUUAGUAAUGUGGGUCCUUUUUUGGCCUGUUGCGCUUCUUUUCCUGACUACUUCAUCACAGUGUGGAACUGGGAAAAGGCUGAGCCAAUUUGCACAGAACCGCAAGCUGGAAAGGAUGUCAUUUCACUAGUGUUCAACCCAUUGAACUGUCUCCAGCUUUGUGCUUUGGGUACAGCAUCACUCACUGUUUGGAAUAUUGAGAAUAGUGGUCUCUGUCAUGUACUGAAACCAAGAAAAAUAAAACUUCCAGAAACUGAUUGGUCGGAUGAGAGACUGGCAUCUACUUCCCACAAUUUUAGUAACAAUCUGCCUUUUGUUGCGUCAAAGCCUCCAUUAGCCAUCUCAGGACUCAAGAAAACAUCCUCUACCAGAGCCACAUUAACUCCUUCUGCCAUAUGUUGGACAACCACAUUAGAACUAUAUGUGGGUUGUAAGGAGGGGUUCCUACUCCUUGUUGACCCACAGAGCCUCUCUGUCUCUGUUCUUUUCAAUCCCACAAUUGAUGAUGCCCUUCCUGAACUCAAAAAGAGCCACUUUCAAGCUUUGACUCUUCAUCAAAAUGGUCUUAUUGCUGUUGGAAAGGAGAAUGUGGUGCACUGUCUGGAGAUCAGAGGGACUCAAAUAAACAUCAAGCAAUCAUGGCAAUUAGAAGGGCCCGCCACAAAUGGGAUUCACUCCCCUGACAAUGAAACAAUACUUUUAUCUUCCAAUACAGGGCAGAUCUACAUGCUGAACCCAAUCCAUUCUGAUAAAAUUGUGACAAUCUUGGAUGUUCGCAGUGGCAACUUUUUGACAGCUGCCUUCUUGCACUCUGACAGGAACAUUUGUGUGUCAUUAAGGAACUCUGGAGAACUGCAGCUUUGGUCUUCAAAUGGUACCUGCAUGAAGUCCUUGCCUCUUCAAAUUGAGGUGACAAGUCUGGCCUGCUGUCCUAUUGCACUUUAUGCAGUUGUUGGAACAGUUUCUGGAAAUGUCCUCUUUAUUGAUCUGAACAAUGAGGAGCAGCCUCGUCUGGUACACCAGAUUCAACUCUACCACACUGCUGUCGAUCAACUUGUUUUAGACCAAUCGGGGCACUACCUUCUCACUGGUGGCUCAGAUUCUCAUAUCUAUGUCCUACAUGCAAAGCCAUCAAUGGGGUUUUCAGUCAUAGGAUAUACAGUUAUUCCUGGACGUAUUUUGUCACUUUGCACUCAGUACUUCAGUGAUGUUGAAGAAGUGAAAGUCCUUGCUCUGUGCACUAAACAGGGGGGCAAAAGUGAAGAUGGUGACCUGCUUACAGUGUUCUCCCUGCCUGUCAGAAACCUUGCAGGUCCAGAUUGUGUGGACCGUCAUGGUUGUCUCUCUGCUCAUGUUCUCAAAGUGUUCAGAUACAAAGUGCCUCAUCCACUCACAUCCUGUGUACUUGGAGUCAGUCAAGUAUUUGCUUACUGCCACAGAAAGAAAAUUCUUCAGCGUUUUCAGUUGCCUAAGGAUACAGGCGGUAUCUCUAGUCAGCAGGUGAUCCAGCUAAAACCAAAGCAGGAAGUGAAGGGUCACCAGCUGGGACCCACAUCUCUUCUUCUGUCUCCUAACUGCUUGUGGUUGGCCUCUGUGGGCCGAGACGGCCUGCUCCGUGUUAGACUAACUGCUGCUAUGGAGCGGUACAUCGAGCUGCAGUGUCAUUCAUGCCGUCUUGGUGGAGUCCAGAGUGUGUCCUUCUCCACAGAUGGUCACACAAUCCUCACUACUGGUUUCAAAGAUGGCUCUCUGGUGUGCACUAAUCUCAGAAUUAAAGGUGUGGAUGCUGGAAAAAUUAAUGAUGCCACCCAACAUAGCCAGUCUGUUGCUCUUUCCUUGAAGAACAUUUUGAGGACUGAAAAUCCCUUCCUAAUUGAUUUGCCUACGUGGGGCCAGGAGUUUCCUGGUGACAGUGGAAAAAAGGAUGAAAAUGAGGUCAGAGGAAUAUCUGUAGAUGUGACAGAGCAGGAUGAAACUUAUAACAGCCUGCUGUGGGCUCCACCUGCACACCCAACAUGGCUAGAAAGCAGGCACGAAGCGGUUGUAAAGGAAGAUAAUGAGAAAUAUUUCGAGUCAAAGAAAAACCUGAAGGAAACCAUUCGAGAGUUACGGAACACCAUCCAGAAAAUGCUUCGUGAAAAUGAGAACCUCCCUGAAGAACAGUUCAACUUGGAUGUGGAGGAGCAAAGGAGAUUUGAGGCCAUGGUGGAGCAGGAAAUUGCGAGGGUGAGAGCAGAAAUUAAACAGGACAUUGUGGAGAAAUGUUACCUCCGUGAUGUCCUGAAAAGAGAAUGCUGGGACUCUGUGAUGGUCAAAGGCAGAGCUAUCAAGGCCUUUAACUCUGAACUGGUGGUGCAGAACUUCCCUCUGAAAGAGCGAACAGAGAAAGAGUGUGAGGUCCUGAGGAGGGUUCAGAAUAUGAGGAAGCUUGAAAUGGCUGCCUGCACCCUGAGCAGAGUAAAAGAAGAAGAGCAAGGGGAAGGUGGCUGUGAGGCAGAAAGUGAUACACUGACAGGAAGCUAUUCAGCUCAACUGGGAUGUUCAAAUCCUUAUGUCUACAAUCAGUUCAGCCUGAAAACCAAAGAACAGAGGAUCAACCAGAUAAUUCUGUUAAAGGAUGUGAUUUUUCGCAUUCAGACAGUUUUCAACACUGAGUUUGAAGCCCUGCACAGGCGGAAGGUACGAGAGCUCAAAAGUUUGAGAGACAAGAACAAACAAAUCAAGGCAAUGAUACUGGAGCUUGACAUAAACCAGGAGCUGUGGGAGCCCAGCCUGACUGACAGCGAGUGGCCAGAGAGGUUGUUCACUGUGGACGACUCUGAGAUUAAAGCGGCGAAGUACCUCACCCCAACGCAGAAAGAGGAGGAGAGGAGGAAGUUAGAGAAGCAGGCUCAUCUUGCUGCUCAAGAUGGUAGCAGAGAAAGGGCUCUUGUUGAAAUGAUGGAGGGAGAGCUUGAAAUGAAAAAAGUGGACAUCUUGAAAAUGGAAAUAUCUCCGCCUGAGUUUGUGUUGACCAAACCUAACAUUCACUGGAAUGAGGAGGAGAAAAAAGUGUUCAGAGAGUAUGAAAAUAAAGUCAAAGAUCUCAACGAGGAGAAGGAACAAUACAAAAUGUCUUUGGAAAUUGAAAUAAAAAAACUUCAGGAAUCCUGCAAAGAUGCAACUGAGAAGUUUGACGAAACACUGGCUUUGCUGUUAGAGAAGAAAGUGAAAUGCACAAUUGCCAUAUACCAGGAAGAGCUCAAGACUACCUGUCUUGCUGAUUCAGUUCUGACAGACGAGAAGAUGAGAAAUCAAGAGCUGGAGCUUAGGCACAACCUAGAAAUGAUGUUUAAAUUCAAGGCUGACACUGCUGACGAGGUGAAGAAAGGCAUAGACCAGGUAGAAAGAUUUAAACAGGAGAAUAUCUGUGCUGUAACUGAGGACAGGGAUUUUGACAUCAAUUUUGGGAAGGAGUUUUUUGAUGUGGCAAGCCAAGCUAUUGAUAGCCUCUUUAAGUUGUUCAAAAGUAGACCAAGGGUUCAAAAGAUGGGGAUCCAAACCAACAACACCUCCAUCCCUUGUGUUGCUCUGGCUCUUGAUGCAUCCAGCCAGAUAUCCAAGGCUAUGGAGGAGCUGGAUGAUCCAAAGCACAUGCCAGAGGGCCUGAAUUCAUCCAUCUGGGAGAGAUUUUGCCAUGUGCGGAGAGCGAAAGUAGAGAGUGAACAAGGGGUACAAGCAAAAGCUAUAGCUCUUGCUGAGGUGCAAGAGUUCCUGCGGAGGAGGUUACAUGAGGAUAAGGCUGUCCUGCAAGAACUGCAAAUCCUCAAUGAAGCAUGUGAAAGUCUGAGCAACAAGAGGAACAAUAAUUUGAUAAACACCACAGUCCAGGUCAGACUCAAACAAGGACAGGUGGAGGUGUCCAGCAUAGACCUGACAGCUAAUACAGCAGAGACUGACGUGACUCUUUACCACAGGAGUGUUGCAGACAACCUCAGAGGAAUCAUCAGGAAUCUUGCAGGAGAGAAGGUAGCCAGCAUGGAGGGGCGCAAAGAGGUCCACAAGGACAUAAUCCAGUUGGAGUGGAAACACAGGGUACUGAAGAAGAAGAUAGAGGACCUCACUGACAAGAUGAAGGACAUCAAGAUGUUACGACUCUCAGAGGAACAACAGGAUUUGGCUCAUCACAGCAAGAUGGAUGAAAGGAAGUGCAUGCACAAGAAGGUCGCUGAUUUGGAGAAGACUAUAGCUUUCAUAAAAACGACUCAUCAAAGGAGCAUAAAACAAUGCAAUAAAAAGAUUGCCAAAUUUAAUGAGCAGGCGGCCAUGAAAGCUAAGAAGAAUGCUGUUUUAGAACAGACGCUUCCGGAUGUACAGGUGACUGUGGCUGAGCUGAGACACAUCUAUGAAGCAGCAGAUCCUGAGGAAAAUGAGGCAGCUAAAAUAUUAAAGCACCACCAGGAGGUUGUUCAAAGAAGGAACUUGGAGGACCUUGCCAGAGCACAGUCAGAGGACCUGGAUGUGCUUUGGACAGAAGUUGAGCGUCUAACAAUGAGGAACUUCCCUUCACUUGAUCAGCUGAAAUACAACUGA